AUGUCUCUCGCCGCCGUCACUCGCCCAUUGGCAUCUCGCAUGCUCUGCCAACGUCUCCCAGUGUCCGUUGCUGCUCGCCGGACCCUUCCCGCUUUCCCGCGGGGAACAUCCAUGAGGAAUUUUUCGAGAAGUUCGCAGCUCGAGGUUAAGAAAUACACUGAAUCCCACGAGUGGGUUGAGCUUGACGGCAACAUCGCAACAAUCGGCAUCACCGACUACGCCGCCAAAGCCCUCGGUGACGUCGUAUACGUCGAACUCCCUACCGCCGAUCUCGAGAUCGCAGCCGGCGAACCCGUCGGCGCCGUCGAAUCUGUAAAGUCUGCCUCUGAUGUUCUGUCGCCCGUCUCCGGAAAAGUGAUUGACGGAAAUGCUGUGUUGGGUGACAAGCCCAAGGCUAUCAAUGAGAGCCCUGAGGGUGAUGGAUGGAUUGCCAAGAUUGAGAUUACUGAUCCCAGUGAAUUGGAGAGUUUGAUGGAUGAGGAGACGUAUUUGGAGUCUGUUGAGGAUCAUUAG